AUGAAUACCACCAAUUGGAUACUGCUCUUGAUGCAGGUCUUUGAUGGAGGAUCCUCGAAAGAGGGCUGGCUUCUGACGAGAACCAACCUCCCGCAUGAUGUGUUUGUUGGUUGCAAAUCGCUCGACAAUCUGGUCAUUGAACUCUGCGUGUUCUUCUCGCAUCAGUACACUAAGAUCCCAGAGGAAGAGAAGGCUGCACUUGCAAACCUCCGGGCCGUGUUGCAGACACACACAAUGGAAGGGCCACUGUACUUGGCCGCACAGAAGUAUAUAACGGAGUCUCUUGCCUACAAGCAGGAGAUGGGUAUGAAGGUCAUACAUUUACACGACUCUGUUAUAGACAUUUACGACAAGCACCUUCAAGUACCUGGCUGGCCUAAUGAUCCUGCUGUGAACAAGAAGCACUUCCUUACAAGCCAGGAGGUCGCAUGGUCACAAAGUCAAUACCAUCUUCGCGGGUAG